CAUAAAUAAGGUUCCACUUACUCCAAAUUCUUCAACACAUGUACCAAACAACAUCAACAUCCUUCAUGGAGUCAAGUGCCUCAACCCUCAUUCUAUCUUCCCUCCUCCACCAUAACCAAACCAACUUACCCACACAGUUCGUGUGGCCCCCCGAGGACUUAGCCCAUACUACCCAACCCCACGAACUCAAAGAUCCGCCCAUCGACCUUACCGGCUUCUUCAACGGCAAUCGAGACUCAACCCACUCAGCCGCAGCCCAAAUCCGAACCGCCUGCUCAAACCAUGGCUUCUUCCAAAUUAUCAACCAUGGCGUGGACCCCACACUGGUCUGCGCGGCCCAAGACCAAAUGGACAGCUUCUUCAGCCUUCCCCUAACCCGAAAGCUCGCCGUUAAAAGAAAACAGGGUGAGCUCUGCGGCUACUCGGGGGCCCACGCGGAUAGGUUCUCGUCAAGACUUCCGUGGAAGGAGACUUUCUCCUUCGCUUACGAUUACGAAAACGGCAAUGUGGCCGACCGUAUAAAAUCCCUCCUUGGCCAAGAUUUUGAGGAAGCAGGGUUUAUUUAUGAGAAAUAUUGUGAGGCAAUGAAGAAACUGUCCCUGGCAAUAUUUGAGCUCCUGGCAAUUAGCUUGGGAGUUGAGCAAGGGUAUUUUCAAGAGUUCUUUAAAGACGGGAGCUCGAUUGUGAGGGGAAAUCAUUAUCCGCCGUGCAUUGAAGCCGGAGUUACUCUCGGCACAGGACCUCAUUGUGAUCCAAACUCGUUGACUAUUCUGCACCAAGAUCAAGUCGGAGGUUUACAAAUCUUUAUUAACGGAAAAUGGCAAGCCGUUAAACCUUUCCCUGGCGCAUUUGUCAUCAACAUCGGGGACACAUUCAUGGCGUUAUCGAACGGGAAAUACAAGAGUUGCCUCCACAGAGCAGUGGUGAAUAAGGAGAGAGCGAGAAAAUCAUUAGUAUUCUUUGUGAACCCAAAAGACGACAAAAUAGUGAGGCCCCCAAAAGAUAUAAUAAAAUUAUCGCUAAGAGAGUACCCGGAUUUCACAUGGUCGGAUUUGAGGAAAUUCACGGUGAACCACUACAGGGCUGACGGGACUACGCUCCAAAACUUCGUCACUUGGCUUUCAGACCAAAAAAAGACAAUCAACUUACCUUAAAUUAUUAUAUUUCAAUAUGCUUUUGGUCUAUCAUCACUUGUGAUUGUUUGGCCACGUCAUCAUUUUGCUUUAUUAAAUAAUAGCUUACACGUAUGUAUGUGAGAGGUAGCCAGGGAGGAUUAUUCUGGAUCAGGUUUAGAUUUGUUUUAUCUGCGUUUUGUUUCUUUCUUUAUGUUCUCUCCAUUGUACUGUUAUGUGAUUUCUAAGGAAAUAUUAAUUUUCUAUCUCUAAA